GCCGGAGACGGGGGUGGCACCGGCGGCGGCCUGUGGGGAGGGAGGGGGAUGGAGCGGCUCCGCAAGCUGUGGAGGGGCCGCACGAUGACCUUCGGGGUCCCCCUGUUGCUGUAUCUUGUUGGGGGAUCUUUUGGACUCCGUGAAUUUGCUCAAAUAAGAUAUGAUGUCCACAAACUACAUGGCAAGGGGGAAUUUGGAACUUGUUACGUCUUUUGACCAUGGUUCAGAAUCAUCCAAGGUUGAUCCAGCUUUGAAAGAAAAAUUAAAACAGAAUACUGUGACACUGGAAUCUGAAUAUGAGAAGCUGGAAAAGUCUGACUUGGAUAACUGGGAGAACAUCAGAGGACCCCGUCUGUGGGAAGAUUCCAGGACUGUUCAGCAGCAGCGGCGGGAGGCUCUCCGUCUCAAGACAGAGUGAUUGAGCAAGCCUACUUCAGUGCCUCUGAAAAAAAAAAGUCUCAGGCUGGACUGUCUUCUUUUUUAAUGCAGUGUCAGGAACAGACAUGGGAGGGGGAGGUUGCACUGAGCAAUUCUUGCCAAUGUAUAUAUAAAUAACUGUGAGAUCAAUCCAAAAGGCACUGUAUUUUACAAAGUUCUUCCUUUGUAUUCAUUUGCACAGAGUUCCACAGGCUGUAUAUAUGAAUUCUCAAUUAAAAAAAAAAAGCUGAUUAUUCUACCAAGAAUAUCCCUAUUAUUCAAAAGUGAGGUGCUUCUGCAAAGAAGAACAUUUUAAGAGUCACUUGUCAGUACCAGAAGUUGUCAUCCUAAUGAGAACAGCAGUGCUGUCAUCUGGAUGUGUGUGACCAGAUAAAUGCUGCUUCAGGGAGCCCCUGCCUGACUUCAGGCUCUUAAGCUUGGAAGCGACUUGCACGGGCAUAUGAGCUGUUCAGAACAAUGAGUCCAUUUUUGGCUAAAUAAUAUUCUUGUGUUUUAUUUCCAGGAUCUGGACUGUACAGAGGCAUGUACGGAAUGUCAGCUGCUGAUGGGUCAAGUAACACUGCCUUAGCUGUGGUCAGGUUUUUGUGAUGAGUUAAUGAUACCUUCGUGCAGACCUUUGCACUGGAACUUCUCAGUUUAAGUUGGAAGAAUUCUUCCUCACUAAGAGCUGUGCUGUUUCUCUGUGAGAAAGUGUUGUAGCAGAAUCUUCUUGAACCACUUUACAGCGGCAAAGCUCAUCUUACACGUAUUAAUACGUGUGUAUUUGCCCACGUGCACAGAAGUCUUUUAUCUUUCGAUGAAUCCUUCUGAAAUGCUUGUCUUUUUGUAUUUGUUGUUGUGUGCUGAAUGUUUGCUGUCAGAGGAAAACAUGCUAACAUUCAGGACCCUUCUGCUGAGACAGUUCAGUGAAGAAGCAUCUAGUCCAUUUUUAAAACUAAAUUAAGCUUUUGAUAAGGUGUUACAAAAGGCUUGCAAAAUUCCUCAUCAGAAUAAUGUAAUAGUAGAGCACAGAUUAACAGUAGAUUCUAGUUUCAAAGCGUUCAGUGACACCUAAAUGUAAAUCCUUUUGGAACUGUCUUUGGAAGACGUGUGGUCUUACUGCUCUCUGCAAGACAUGUCAAAUACAAUCUAAAUACCCUUUUGGACACUUUACUUAGGGUAGCCUCCAUGUGCUCAUGUGAAUCUUCCCUUAGCAUUUAAUUUUCUUCAGUCUCUCAGUGCUGAGGUCGAGACUUUCUCUCAGGAUGUAGAAUCAACUUUGAUUUUAGAGAGUUGUAAUGCAAUUCAUGAAGCAUUACAUGAAAUAUGUUAGCCAUGUUCUGUGCAUGUUUUCUUCUCAUAGAGUUGCGAAGCUCAUGAGGAAGUGUUGCAUGUUAUCUGGAACAAGGUUGGAGCCAUGUGUUUGUGUGUUUCCCUGUUCAGUAUCUUACAUAUCUUUGGUUUUAAAUAAAUUUAAUAACAAAUUAAACCAAA